GUUGUGGAAAUUUGUGUGUGACAUUCUGCAGGUAAUUUAUAAGCGUUUAUAAACAGCAAGCAGGAAUAAGUGAAGAAAUGUGUUUCGGAAGUAAAUUAACAUGGUACUUAAUUUGUAUCACAGUAACACUUGAGUUUGAUGAACUGUAGAACUGAAGCCAUGGACCAGGAGCCAACUAUGUGGAUAAAAAAAGAGGGAACAGAUGAAGUACAAACUGAGUUAUGCUUCAUGGCCCAAGUUUACCCAUUCAGCGUGAAUGUAAAAGAAGAGCUGGAGGAGGAUGCGAAUAAAGAGUUUCUUGAAGACCCAUUAAAGGUUGAUGGCCCUAGUGUUUGGGUAAAGCAAGAUCCCGAACUGCAACCCCAUGCUGCUGGAUCUGAGCAUAAUUCUGUUAAAGAUCCAUUGGGAAUAUCUUGGCGCACUGAUUUUAUCAAGGAGGAUCCUGAAUUAAAUUUGGAAAUGAAUAUAACUGAGAAUAUUUUUCUCGUAUACGCAACAACAACAACACUUGGGAGAGCUCAGAACGUGAGUACUAAAUAUUUCUUGCGUUUUAUUCAAAAAUGUUUCCAUUGUGGAUAGUUUCCUUAAUUUCUGUAAAUAAACAUGACGUUUUUGGAUAUCUGUAUUCAUGUUCAUAUUUAAUUUCAGAAUGAUUGUUUUUAUUUUUGAUUUCCUACCUAUUUGUUAUUGGUGAAAGUGGUUUAGUAUGUCCAACCACACAUGUAACAACUGGAGAUAAUUAUAAUUAAGUGAUUGGCACUGUUUUGUUUUUCUACACUUCAGCUAUGACACUUUGUACUGAUGUGAUUACAUUUUAUUCCAUCUUUCUCAUGAUAACACAUCCACAACUGCUGUAUGGAUUAUUCAACAUCAACAUACAUUUGUAUUAAAUAUUAUUUUCUAAUAAAAGGAAAGGAAACCAGGUUUCUGGACAAUAGCCUUAUAUUCCGAUGAAUCUGAAAAUACACUACUAAGUGUGGUGAGGAUACAUAUUAUGAAUCUCUAAGAAAAACAGUAAAAUUUGUAGCAAUGUGUUCAAAAGAUACACAGUAUGGACUGAAUAUCUCUGUGUGUGCUAAAGAUAGGUCAUAUAACAUUUCUCUGGUACACGAGAUGUAAGCAGAAAAUAAACAUAUUCAGUGGUUGUGUGGAAAACUACCCAAAGAACUCAGUCUACAUAAACACAAUAGAUACCCAUAAAUUAAGGAAUGUAACUGCACCUAAUAAAAUCAUAGCCUAAGUUAAUCAUGACAGAAUAAACUUUUGCACCAGAAUGGUCAAGGACAAGUCAAUUUUAGGAUGUGGAUUCAAUACAAA